AUGGAAUUCGAGACUGGGGAGAACCUGCUUACCUUGAAGGGGUCCUUUCAGGGUCAAUUUCCAGCAGUCACCGCUAAGAUUUCUUCUUCCAAUAUCGCCGUGGACGAGUAUGCACAGUAUAACGGCUUGACUAUCGACAGCUUGGGACUCGACCCUUGGCCCGGCUCUCUCAAUGACGGCGGCUUCAUCGCCGCCUCCAGUCACCGUCUCGAAGACGAACAGCUCAUUGAACUCAAGGAACUCACUGAGUGUCUCUUCCGCCCCAUCAUCCCCACACCGGAGCAAUGGCAAGCACCUAUCAAAUCACUGCAGUUUCUCCAAAAACAGCUUCCCCAGCACCGCCUUCCCCUUCAUCCCACUAACGCCAACAAAGGUGAAGGGCUCGAGUUCCCCGACAGCUCGAAGCACAAGCAUAGUGCUAUCAUUGAGAGCCUAGAAAAAGAGACCCUCGAGGUGAAUCGAGACACAUUGGGCUACUUGGUCCAGAUCCUCAAGGAGAAUUGGUCGGAAGGCGACCGGCGGGACUUUGUGGAGAGUAUUUCAACUUAUACGGGGGUUGGAGAUAGAGAGUGCUUCACACCGCUGGUGAGCCCUCACUUACAGCCACAGCAAGAGUACUUCAUCCCGGACGAGGAGUCAUGCGAGUUGGCAGAGCCAUCCGACACGAGUCUGGGGAUAAGCGCCGAACUAGAGGCUACCGAGUCAAGAAUAUUCGAGCAAGAUCUUGAAUUCUGGGCAGAAAUUGGUUCCAAGCCGCCGCCUUCGCCAGAAGGAUACAAAGAUAUUGACGUCUCUCAUAUGAUCAAGACUGGAGAGCUUUCGGAAUCGAUCUUUACAGCCUCACCCCUGCCAGUGUCCCGAGAUCUCAAGAUGGACGUACCGUUUCUGCUUUGCGAGCGCUGCGACGACGGGAUAGCAAACCAACCGCUUAGAAUCAUGGGCCCGGAAGACCUCGCCCAAGCAAAGGCACUCGCGGUAGCCGUCCCGGUAGUUGACUUCUCUCUCCCGGCGCCCCAGUGGGAGACGCAGCUCUGGGACUCCAGAAGAGCCUUUGUAUGGAUCAGAAGCAACACUUUGGUCGACUGGCAAGGCCCAAAGUGGCCCGCCAACAGGAUUUCAGAACAGAGAAUGGUGUGGGCGCCCCUCGCUCACAUGGGUCAUAAGACGCUCGUCUCCGAGAAGAUCGAAACAGAGGAGAGCGUUCUGGAACCAUUUAUCAAGAUACCGCGAGAAAAGGAAGUUUUGAAAAGUGCGGAUUACAUUGAGAAGCGCCCUGGACUGGCCAUUCUUCGGAUGGACGAUGAUGACAACGAUGACGACGGUGUCGACUACGAGGACGGCGAGGUGGAUUUGAUCAUUUGCCACGAUGCCCCAACUAACCCACCCAGCACAGUACGAGUUGUCUCUACGAGGCCUUUCCAGCAAGAGGCAGCAACAGUGCCAGCAGAGCCCGUGCCGCCAGCUCCGGUUCCUACGAGGCCGCUUCCACAAGAUUUAACGGCCCUGGUGAAGGGAAGAAAGCGUCAAAUAGAAGAACUGUCUCAGAAAAGAACGGCAACUGGAGAACAGGUCUCUGGGUUCACAACGGCAUCAGAAUCACAUGCAUUUUCCAUUGACCAGGCAGCGCUGAGAGGAUUUCUGAACGAGUACACGGACUUUUCGCCACUGGUGGACAACAACUUUAUCGAGCUCAACUUCCCAAAGAAGCCAAAACUCACGCACAGCUUCUAUUCUGGCCCACAAAAGACGAUAGCCAACCCUUCAGACCAGAACGCACUCCAGCGUCUGACACCCAAGGGCUUGGAUAGGCUACUAAUGCCUCCACCCAAGCCCAUCCAGGCACUUGCACCAGAGUUUACACUACCUCCGACGCCGCCGAGAGUGGUGGUGGCAUUCACCGUUUCUAAUAUAUUGACCAGCCAUCUUGAGAAGCUUCUUCCCGGAGCCGAUCUGGUGUUGAGAGACUACCAAAGGCACCGACCCACCAGGUCGAUCCCACACAACCAGUCUCCCAGCAAUGACGAGGCCGACAUUAUUCUGUCACCUGCGACAGGAGUCAUGAUGACAACAAUGAUACGGCUCAGACAGAAGCCCAUACCUGGCAAGGCGGCAAGACAGCUACCCUUCUGCCAGGUGGUUGAGAACAUCGCCGCUCGGUAUGAGCGCCUGAUAAUUAUGGUUUCCGAGGGAAACAAACAUAGCGAGACCAUGAGCCCGCCCUCACAAUCCGACGCGAACGCCCUCGUCGAGUUUCGGGACUUCGCAGCAGGGAUCCGAGAGACAGACAUCCAGGUCAUGUACGCAGGAGGUGGCAGUGGGACGCUCGCCAGGUGGAUCGCCGCAGCCGUGUGCAAACAUGCGUCCGAGGCCUUGCCCGUUCAACAUCUGUUGCUCCAGGAGGAGACAUGCUGGGAGCUCUUUCUCCGCCGCGCAGGCAUGAACGUGUACGCUGCGCAUGUGGUUCUGGGAACUCUCAAGCUUCCGGACGGCGAGCAAGCGAUUGGUGGCAAGCAGCUGUACGGGCUGCCACAGUUUGUCGCCAUGACACGCGAAAAGAGACUUGAAAUAUUCGAGGAAUUAUUCGGAGGCCGGAGGCUCCUGGAUAGGGUGAGCAGUGCUAUUGAUGAGCCGCGGGGCCAACGUGUAGUGGACGAAGGUCGGUUUCUGCAGUGAAACGACAAAGCCUCCGGAUGGGAAACCUGGCGGAAUUAUGUGGAGGUUGAGUUGCUUAUAAAAUGUUGCAUGUUGUGUUGCUGACUGGUAUGAUCCGUAUAUAGGGGUUGCUUUCGGUUGGGAUAUUUGCUGAGCCGUU